GACAUAUGUCAAUGGGUUUGCAUGGAUUAAGAUUUUAGUAAUGUUACAAUUUUGUUGAAAUUUUAUAUCGUAAUAGCAUCAGAGCAAUAUGUUUACCUGGAAGUGUUUUGAACAGUUUAGGUGCAGCAAAAACUUAGUUGUAAUAUCAUGAUAACUAAUAAAAAUACAUCUCAUAUCAAAUGUGUAUCGUAGAAAUAGUUAAUUUGUUUAAAUAUAAUGGCAGAACAAAAUUUAGUGCCUACUCAAACACAAAAUCAGUUUCAAAACCCGAUGUUUCGAGAAAUACAUAAAAACACUUGGCUGAAACGUAUAUCAUCUACUAAUUCAAAAAAGAAGAAGGAGAGAUUCUGGGUAGUUUUUUGCGUUCAUGAUGAUACUGAUGCAUUUCUUGAAACAUAUGUAGACAAUAAACUAGCUGUAUUCCAUAAACCUGAGUGGUUUGUCUCACUGAAUAAUGUGCAGCAUAUCUCACCAACAAUUUGUGCUCAUGAGCAAGAAUAUGAAUUUGUUUUAACCCUCAGUUCUGAAGUGAUAAGACUUGCAGCUCCGACAUGGGAACAAAUGUUAGACUGGGUUGAAAGUCUUAGAGGAAAGCUUUAUGAACUAAGAAUUUUAAGUCCAAAAGAAAACUUGUACACGAAGUUACCUGAUCGAGGUUUGCCUUUAUUGCCAACAAGAGAUCCCACAUCACCUUUACCACCUCCACCUGAAGUGCCUCCCGAAAAUCUACCUGGUAUCGAACCAUUACGUCCAAGUGAAACCCCUCAUUCUGGUAGUAUGAAUAGUUUAUAUGGAAGAAGAAGAUCUGAAUCUCAAAGUAGUGGAUUGAUAAGAAGAAACAGUAAUGCGAGUGAGCCUAGAAGUGCAAGGAUAUCGAAUGAUGUGUUUAACUUUGAAAAUUUGAAUAUAUUAGACAAUAGUGCCCCAACUUCAGCUUCAGAAGGAACUCCAGCCACCCAUUAUGAAUUGCUCUUUCAAAUGCAACAAACGCCAGGUCCGUCCAAUAGAAAUGUAGAUAGGCAGCUAGAGAGGAUAGAAAACAACAGGUUACUAGAAAGGUCAGCUAGUUGUUCUCCAAGAAUAUUACAGCCUCCGCCACAACCAUACAAGACACUGAGGGAGCAGCAAGUAUUACAGCUACAGAAAGAGAUGAAGCAUCCAAGUGGAGUACGAAUCCAACUGCGGAAAAAGGACUGCAUAAGUUCAAUUGGUUUUGUGGACUCUUUUGAUGCUGUUUGGAUAUGUGGCUGGAAACAAAAGGAACACCCUAUGCUUUAUAAUGCUCUACAUAUAGGAGACCGUUUGAUAAGCAUAGAAGGCAUUAGUAUUAAAUCGGCAGCAGAAGCUCAUAAAAUUUUACACUCUCACUACUGCGGUCUUUUUGUUAACAUUGUUAUAAAAAGAGUACCUCAUGGUCAAGUCUUGGUGAUACAUCGUGAAUCAGAGGGCCAGUCUCUGGGAAUUGUACAAGAAAAUAACACUGCUGUAAUAGAAACUGUACAAGCAGAUAGUCUUGCAGCUAGGCAUGGUCUGACAGCUAAAACGAAGACUUGCGAUGGAGUAUCCUUUACGAAUUGGGUACUUACAGAAAUAAAUGGACGUCCUUUAAAUUUAUUUUUUAAGAAAAAUCAAGUUCGUGAUAGACUUAAUUCAGUAGGAAGAGACAUAUCUAUUUUAGUACAACCUUUAGAUCUGAUAAAACAAUUAAAAAAACAGAUGAAAUCUCUAAAAAACUAUAAAGAUUAUAUUUUACAAUGAUAUGUCUAGUACCAGUUGCGAAAUAUUUUUAAUAUAGAUAGAUUUAACGUGCAAUACCUUGUGAGCAGUUAUUUUUCUCGUACUUUCUUAUUAGAGAAUAAGGUCUGAAUUAUAUACUGUGAUUAUUUUAUACAAGUCUAUGUAGAAAAAAAGCAUUUACUUCUCCACAUAUUUUAUAUGAACUUACAAUUUUAAAGUCACAUUUUAUUAAAUAAGUAGGAAAUUUUAGCGUUAUGACGAAUUAGUGAACUUAGUAUACAUAUCGUAUAUUUUAUUAAUAUUUUAAAUUGUAGUAGCAGUCAAAUGUACAUUAACAUUUUGACUAAAUUAUUUAUUUCUUCCAUUCUGUGUAGCUUUGUAUUUGUGAUUUUAGUUUGUACUUCAAAUUUUUUUUUUAAUAAAUU